GAUGAAUUCAGAACUGCAAAAUGCUUUUGCAGUCUACAAGUGUUGUGGCAGGGGCGCGCAAGUUCGUUGUUCGCGUAACUUAGUAGUGCUCGUCCGGAUGGUCCAGUCGAAGGAUGUUUAGCUGCAAGGCAGUAAGGUCGCGCGUAAUCAGCUCCAGUAGCUUCCAGCCUACGAACGUCGGGUGUCAUCAUGCACCUAGGUAGACUAGGCCUAAUAUGGCAGCGGUCCCUGGUUGAUCCGGACCCACGUUAAGUUUUGCGAGAUUCAAGGGCUCCCAUAAGGUAGCUAGUAACCGCGUCUGUGAGGCCGUAACAAGACAACCAGGUAAAUAAGUUCCUUGUAGACGCUGCUGUCUGUCGCUGAUUGCAUAUAGAAUGGUGUGCGGACUUUCACAAGCUGCGCGGCCAUGCGUGCAGCAUUGGGCGCGCGAGGCUCCUUCCAUCCGCAGCUGGUGUGCAAGAUCAGCAUUUACGACAGCGUCAAGAAGCCAAUAUGCGGCGCUGGCUAUACCGCGAGCGGCCGCAACGACUGUCGAAUAUGUCCCUUCAACUAAGCCACCUAGUGCUCGUCCGGUCGAGACGCGGAAGACACAAAUGAUACGCGCCUAUACUUCGAUGCUGCGAUCCACACCGUUGAUCCUCUUUUUUCAGCACAACAACCUCACGGCAGUGGAAUGGGCGUCCAUUAGAAGGGAAUUGGAUAAGGCUUUGCGAUCCGUGCCACCUUCGAACGGCGAUCUGGAUAUUGCUGAUCAGGUCAAAUUGUCCGUCCUCCGAACGAAUAUGCUCGACGUAGCACUCAAGAUCAUUGAGUUUCACGACGCCGAGGCCGCGUCGGCAUCUGCUUCAACCCCCAGGACUGCCAAAGGGCCCCUUGUUCACGAUCUGUCCGCCGUGGCAUACGACACCAUUAAGAACACUCCUAUUCCGACCUCGUCUGCUUACGCACAGAUCGAGCCUCUGCUCGUGGGUCCUUUAGCGGCGUUGACCAUUCCUGCCGUAUCCCCUCAACAUUUGGCGGCGGCACUUAGUGUGCUAUCGCCUGUCCCCAAAAAGUUCCCUGCCCCCAAGAAGAGCAAAAACCCAGGGUAUCAUGAGCCGACAUGUCAAAGUGCUUUGGCCAAACUAUUCAUGGUCGGUGGUCGUAUAGAGGGUAGGAUCUUUGAUCAAGCUGGGGUCCAGUGGGUUGGGGCCAUAGAUGGAGGGCUCGAUGGUCUGCGAGCUCAGUUGGUGCAUCUUCUCCAGAGCGCUGGUUUGGGUGUUACUACAGCCCUUGAGGGAGGCAGUAAGAGCCUGUGGUUGACCCUGGAGUCACGGAGAGCACAACUGGACGAGGAGAAUGGAGAUAAACCGAACGAAGGCAACCAGGGCUCGUAGAUCGUCGUAUCUAGCCUGGACGAGGGGUUGACUCUUGACACAGGAGCGAAGGCAGGCAUUCAGAGCUCACCGGUGGGGAGAAGAUGUAAUUAUACAACUGUAAGCGUAUGUAUCAGCUAGAAAUAGGACCACGUGGCUCAACAGAACAGACGACACAUGAUGGAUGUGAAAGACGUGUGAUCGGUGACUUUGUCCCUCGAAGUCACCAUUGGUCAACGUUUGAGAAUGAUCCAAGGUUGGAAUCUGGCGGCACGGCUUAACUUAUCUUGGAUAGUUUGUGCGAUUGACACGUAAUUCUGGCGCCAUGGACGCGAAGGAAGGGCUACCUGCAUUACCUAUCUACCUACGGAGUAGCUACUGAUGGAUGACCGGAGUGACACGCACUCGAAUCCACUCUUGUAAGUUGUCGUCGCCGGACGUCGGGAUUUGACCACCCACCCC